AUGGCCACUCCUAGCACCACCUCUGCCAUCCCCAUGAAGAACAACGUCGCUUACAACAGCGACUCAGAGUCUGAUGGCCAGGCCCGUGGCGGUCGUCGCCCCCAGAACCAGCUUUCGCAAACUCUUCCCCAGUUGCCUACCUCGGCCGGAUUGGCGCAACCCGCAGGUUCGCUCCUGAAGGGUGCCACCGACGACAACGGCAACCAAAAGGCCGCUGCUCUCCUAGUCGGUAUCAAGCUCGACUUGGAAGCGGAAGUACACCUGACUGCCAGAGUGCGUGGUGACAUCUGCGUCGGUCUCUACUAA